GGUCCGCGCUUGCAGGCCGACUAACACUCGCUCUUACACGUUCGCUUUCUCCCCCCCACCCCAUACGUCACAGACGGUUUCUCUCCUUCGCGUCCGCUUCGAUGUCUGCUCUCCCGCUGGAUUCCCCCCGCGCGCACCCGGCACGCGUGACCGCGCUCCCCGCUACUGACGUGGCAGUGGGGCUGGAGCCCCGCCCCCUCCGCCCGGCGGCCCCGCCCCCUCGCGAGCCCGAGCGCCGAGAGUGAGCGGGAGGCGGCAGCGACAUGGCGGCUCUGACUGAUAUCAUGGGGACCGCCGAGGACCUCGCCGACCAGUUUCUGCGAGUAACAAAGCGUUUCCUGCCUCACGUUGCGCACUUGUGUCUGAUCAGCACAUUCCUGGAAGAUGGGAUUCGCAUGUGGUUCCAAUGGAGUGAUCAGCGGGAUUACAUCAGCACCAGCUGGCACUGUGGGGCCUUCUUUGGCACUCUGUUUGUUUUGGUUAACAUGAUCGGGCAGCUUGGUGGUUGCAUCCUAGUGCUGACUCGGAAGUUUGUGCCUUAUGCUUGCUGUGGUCUAUUUUCACUCAUUGUAUUGCAGACGAUUGCAUACAGUAUUCUCUGGGACUUCAAAUUCCUAAUGAGGAGUCUUGCACUUGGAGGUGGCUUGCUACUGCUCUUGGCUGAAUCUCGAUCAGAAGGGAAAACCAUGUUUGCAGGUGUGCCUACCAUGGGUACUAAUUCCCCACGUCAGUACAUGCAGCUGGGCGGUCGCGUCCUACUUGUCCUGAUGUUUAUGACUUUGUUGCACUUCUCCCUUGAUGCACUAAUGAUUCUUCAAGACAUUGUUGGCACUACCUUGAUAAUUCUCGUGGCCAUUGGUUUCAAGACUAAGUUGGCUGCUCUCACACUGGUCAUUUGGCUCUUUGUGUUGAAUGUGAUUCAGAAUCCUUUCUGGCGCGUUGCAGUUUACAGUCCCCUGCAUGACUUCUUAAAGUAUGACUUUUUCCAAACCAUGUCUGUAAUUGGAGGCCUUCUCUUAGUUGUAGCACUGGGGCCUGGUGGAGUCUCGAUGGACGAACAUAAAAAGAAGUGGUGAUGGGAUCCUGAGAAGAGAAAAAAAUAUAUAUAUAUAUUUGUGUAAUUUUUUUAAUUAUUUUUACUACCGUAAAGUUUCUUCGUCUGAAGCUUAAUUUUUUUCAUCAGAUUUCUUUCAUGUGAAAUUUAAAAACCACACAUCCAUUUUCGUUUCCCUGUCAGUAUUUGGGUAUUAAGUCAUGUUUAAAUCGGUGCCAAAAUUUACCAGCAUCAGUUCUGGUACAAGUUUUCUUCACAGAACAUUGUGGUACAGCCAGUACUGUGUGCUGAUUGGCUGAGAGAUAUUUCCUUCCUUCCUCUUCGAUGUUUCAGACAAUGUAUUUAAUGAAUUCUGUAAGCAAGAUGACUUCAUGGGUACUUGGAAUAUUCUCUUAGGUUUAAUAGUAAAAAUGGACAUUGAAGGCACCAUGUCUCAAAUGGGUUAUCUAAACAGGUGGCUCACGCACAUUCCUCAAUCUUGGACCUUCAUUUCAACUGCUAUCAUAAAUAAAACAACUAUAUCCUUUGAUAAAUUGGUCCAGUUUAUCACGAAUAUCCUAUCGACUGACCGUUUUAAAUGAAAUGACUAUUCAGAUGCUAUAAACCUUAAAACAUGAUACAACUACCUUACUACAAAUUGAAGUGCCUUGCACAGUAAUGUGUUAUUGUUUUGAAUUUUAACUUAGUUCUUAAACAGAAGGCAACUUUAUUCUGUUUGGUGUCACUCCAUGAUAGCACAGCAAAUCUCUGCGUCCUUUUCCCGGCCAGACUGAAGACCAAAUGUUUGUUUUCAUUGUGGUUAAUUAAAUGUCUUUGGCAAGCCAGCACCCAAUGGCUGGAUAAAGGCUGGGCACAAUACCUGUACACUGUGACGGGCUGAACAAGCAGUCAAGUAAUCAACUGGAGCCAAGCUUUGUGUAACUCUUGAACAAUCUUUUACCAGACACUGUACCUAAAAUGCUCAUUAUUUGCUUGUCCUUUACUAACUCCUUAGUUAUAGCCAACCUCUCUUUUCUAUGUGUUGGAGGGCCAAUUAUUUUUAUUGGUCAUAAUUUAGUAGUCAAAUGUUCUGAUAUUUUUGCCACUGCCAUUAGGCAACAAGCAAGUACUAUGGACUGGGUGCAUAGCAGCCUCCCUCCUCUUCUCUCCCAUAUUGGUUUGGAAGUGCCUAUAUUCUGUUAGGUGUCACUCCAUGAUAGCACAGCAAAAGUAAAAAUUAGAUAUGUGAGGGAUGUAGUAACUGUGUUUUGACAGCUGUGUGGAGUCACCAAUAAAGUGAGAGGUCUGAUAGUGAUUAAGAUAUUUCAACGCUAGACUUUUCUGGUGACCAGUGGCCCCUGUUGCUGUUGACUUUCUGACUGCAGCUGCAGUAAGAAAGGUUCAGAACAGAGGAAGAGGAGACUGCAGGUUACACAUGUAUGAAAUCAAAGUUGCAAGACAUGCCAAAAUUCAAUGGUUUUGCUCUCUAAAGCCUGCGGUAUUUGCCAAAACCACCUUAUGUAGACAUACAACCAUUUUAUAAAUAGUUUUUAAUGUGUUUAGUACAAAUGUGUCUGAAGAUUCUGCAGCAGUAAAUGUAGGCAGUGCUGACUUUUGAAUGUCUUGACAUUGUGGCUGUAUUUGCAGUUCUGCUGGAUGACAUUAAAUGCAUUGAAAAACUG